AAAAAAUGAGCUCCGUUUCUUGAGUUUUUCUCGAGUUUCCUCAGCUUCUUGAGCUUCUUCAGCUUCUCCAGCACUGCGUUCUCUGCUUCCUACAAUGAGUGUUCCUCGAUUAUACUACAAAAUAACACAGACAAGGUCUGCCAUUGCUUUGCCCCAGCACUACAAAUCCAUCUUGAACUAUCUUGGGUUGAAAAGAAAAGGUCGUGUGGUGUACAGAAGGGUGUCUCCGAUGAUCGCUGGUUCUAUUGCUGCUGUUAAGGAAUUAGUCCAAGUAGAGCUAUCCGAAAAAAAACUCACCAAAGCUGAGAUCAGAGAUGCCAAAAGACCCAAAUUAGGUUUUGUCAUUGAGAAAGACUGAUUUCAUGAAUUCUGUUCAAAGUUACUUUAUUUUGUAUAUAUGUUCCUGCUAUCACUAUUCCUCUUAAUAGCGUUUAUCAGUUACUUCUAUGACAUUGGAAUAUAAUAUAAUAUAAUAUUAUAAACAUUAGAAACCAUUUUUAUUUUCAAGGACAAGUAACAGGAACGUUCAAUUAUUUUUUCAAAAACGAAGUAUUAUCUAAAAACUAGUCAAUUAAAUGUAACUAUACUAUUACU